AUGCCUCCUAACCCAAGGGAUGAAGGUGACCUACUAGCGAAGCCAAACCGAUUAGCCCUACUAUCUAGAAACCUGGGAUUUCAGUCACCUAAAAUAAAUGAGAUAUUAGCUAAUGAUCCCGAUAUACAAAUUGCGCGUAAUGCUUUACUUAAAGCUCGUGAUCCGUUUCACUACGUAUAUAACGCCCCUCCACUACACGUCCUUAUAGGGAACAUAGCGGAAAACUUUAAGAUAGCUAGUUAG